AUGAAGGCCCAAACCCUCGCUGUCGUUGCCCUUGGCCUCUUCGCCGGAGAGUCACUCGGCCAGUCCGUGCCGCCCAUCGUGUCGUCCGUGUCGGCCGAGAUCUCGUCCGCCAUCGCCUCGGGCAGCGCCAUUGCCUCGAGCGUGGCCUCGCAGGCCUCGUCCGUGGCCAGCAGCAUCGAGAGCGCGGCCUCGUCGGUCGCCUCCAGCGUGACCGGCAGCAGCACCACCGGCACCGGCGCCAGCACCACCACCAGCUCCGCGACGACGCUGACGACGACGGUGCCCGUCAGCACCACCGUCACCUCGGUCGAGUCGGGCACCACCGAGCCGGCCACCACCAUCCCCGGCACCACCAACAGCCAGACCACCCGGGCUGCCACCACCAUCCCCGGAACCACCAUCUCUCCCACCACCCGCGUCUUCACCACCACCUCUGCCUCCACCUCCACCUCCACCGGCCUGGCCAUCGCCCCUACUGCUGAUGCCAAGCUGCUGGCCCCCAUCCUGGGUGCUGCCGCCGCCGUCCUGAUGCUGUAA